UAGUAGAAAAAGGGGGCUUGUGUGUGCACUUUCUCUUUGUCUUUGAGAGGUGUGUGGGUUGAGCGUGAUUUGACAGAAAGAAAGAAAAAAAAAGGAAGUGAAAUUACUGAAAAGAGCUACACAUCUUUCGAGGAUUUCUUUUCAACAUUUUUUAAAGAGGAACUGUCAUUUAGUCAACAUUUCUUAAGAACAUGUUGGACAUGGAAACACAGGUCAGAUAUCACUGAUCUCUGAUGAGACACUGUGCCCACUUUUGAGGACUUAAAGGGACUUAAUUGAGGAGAAGUCAACAGUCUUGAAGAGAUUUUUCACCAAGAAAAAGUCUUGCUUUACUUAUGACUUCUUGAGACUUCAACAGCUGGAUCAGUCUAAAGGUUUUUAAAGUUCACUUUGGGAUAAUAUUACAGGAUAUUCCAUUGAGAGAUUUAAACAUCUAUGGUUAUUGUGGCUAUGGACAUGAUGAUUUUCUUCAACCACUUUACCAUAGAAUUACAUUCCUUUUAGUUGUUACUUAUUUGCUAGCGAAUGUGACAUAAGUGGUGACUUGUGAGCCAACUGUUGAUAUGUACUGAUGAAUAUUGUAUCCAAUUCUCAAAGGAUACACUGAAUCAAGAUUGAUUAUUUUCAGCUUCUACUUCUUAGUCUAGAGGGAGAGUAACUGAGAGGAAAAAAUAUUCAAAUCCUUUUGUAGAAACCUUCAAAAUACCCUCAACUAGCUUACCUGCAUAUUACUAGCUGUUUUCAGAGCUAAUAAACCAGAAAGAGGAAAAGAGACACGGCGAGAUGGCACAGAAAGAGCAGUUCCGUGUUUUGACCGGGGACCAUCUUGGGGCCAAAGCCAUUGCUGGGGCCCCUGCAGCAGGUGGAGGAGUGGUGGUGGAGGUCAGGGAGAAGAAGGGUACUCUGAGGGCUGCGAUACCCACAAUGCCAUUCCCUUUGGCUGUCAUCUGUCUGUUUCUGAACACCUUCAUACCUGGACUCGGUACCUUUAUCUCAGCGUUCACGGUGCUGUGUGGCGCUCGCAGCGAGCUGAUCUCAGAGCGAGGUGUUUGUUGUGUGUUCUGGCUCAACAUGGCAGCAGCCCUCAUCCAGAUACUGACAGCUGUUAUCAUGGUUGGAUGGAUCAUGAGCAUCUUCUGGGGAAUGGACAUGGUCAUCCUGGCAAUUUCUGAUGGAUAUAGAGACCAGGAUCUUCCUCAGGAUGUCUGAGAGAAGUUGCCUUUAUGUCUGCUGAUGGAUCAUGUGGACAGUGGCUGCCGGUGGCCUUUGUCUUUGUGAUGACCUAUGGCUUGGUUUGUCUUUCAUAUGCCGGACCAAAGAGAAAAGCAGAGACGUUCAAAUAAAUUAGCCACACAGGGAAAUAAAGAAGGAAAGAAUCAGCAGACUGCUUCUGGUUGCGCGCUGCUGAUUGGUUGAGACCACAUUUACAUUUAAGUUUAGGGAUAAGGACAAGGAAAAAGAGACCAAAUCUGUACAGUCGCCAAAAAAACAAUGUGUUAUUGAGUAAUUACUAUAUAAGCGUGAUUUUUUUUUUUUUUUUAUCCUGUCUUUUGAUCUUUUUUAUUUAAUCUUUUUGAAAAAAACAUAAAUCUGUAAAAAAAAAUUAAGACCAGACUAGAUGUUUCCUACAUGCCAGGGAGGAGAAAAGGUAGAAUAAAGGAAGAUGUGUUGGAAUGACUGUGUUAGAAAAAUUAAGAUAUUGAUAUGCGAACUUUAUUUCUGUAUUUUUGCAUACAUAACAGUUUUUCCCGAAACCAGCGUCACCAGUUUUCACUGCCACUGAAUUGGCUGCCCGGUCCAGCAGUUUAUUUCAGGUUUAGAUCAUGUUACUGGAUUUAUUGGCGAGUUUUACUGUAACAUGGUCUGUUUGAAAGACACCACGUCGCUGCUCUGAGGAGUAACUGUAAGGUACUUCACUGAGAGGUGAAUUUGUUUCACCUUAAAUCAACUCUCAGAACAAAACAUGUUCCAUCUUCUCUAAGUUGUUACUGUUUACACACAGUACAAAGUCAUGCUGCCUUGCCACUAAAUCUAAAAAUCACUUAUUUUACAAUCAUUCAAACCAUGAAUGUGGAGCAAAACAUGUCUUCCACUGGAGCAUGUGAUCAAACUGUAAAUGGAUCUGAUACUCAUUUGGUUUGAACUUAAUUGUGGUAAUCGAUCAGCCUAUAGUUAUUGUAGCUACAAUAUUUUCCUUUCAGGCAAUGUUUUUUCUGUAAUAGCAAACACAUCUUUAACACGCUGACUCUCACCAGCUGGUCACAAGAUGUGUGUCAUCCUAAAAUUACAGGGCUGUGUGCAAAAUGAUUUACAUUUUUCACACCUCUUAAAUGUGUAAAUCAGUGUCAGAGGGAUAUUACACAUUGUUAGAACAUUAUAUCAAAUUACCUUUAUGCCACUCUGGAAGCACAGUCAUCACGCUGUCUGCUCCUUAUAACCAAGAUACAGUUACUGUGAUUGAGUUUGUGUCUGAGGCCGAAUUGGUCCAUGUAAAGUCAAAAAUUCACGCAAGCGGAUUAGAUGAAUAUUAAAAUCAGAAAUAUUUAGGUGUGUACAUUGUGUAUGUGAGAUAUUGGAAAUUGAGGUUGGAGAAUAUAUGAUAUGGCCUCAGUAUAACUGUGGGAAUGUGUGUAGUGUGGGAAGGUGUGUAGAUGGAUAAUUCUAUUAUGUACAAGACUAUUUAAAAAUAUUUAACACAACUUGCCUUGGAACUAUCGAUCCAAACAAAACCUUUGCCAUGAUGCCACGUCAGCUUUCUCAUGCACGGUAUCAUUGGCUCACUUCCCUGCAAAAUAUCAAAUCAAAUCAAAAGUCAAAGAGCUUUUUUCAAAAAUAAUAAAACCAGCUUAGCUUCAGAUGCAACACUAAAGAAAAGUGGGGCACUAAAUCAAAAUCACUGUUUGUAGGAAGCUCAGUUACUGCUGAACAAACUGAAUGAACUUCAACUCGGGCUAUUUGACAAAAUGCUAUUUAAAGUACAACUCUUAUAAUAUGGGACGGAUUCAGCAAAUGAUAUAUUCAUGAUAUAUUUAUUCAUGGCAAACUUCAUAUUCACUGAUUCUUUGUAAUCCCUAUAUAUAUAUAUAUCUUCAUUAUCUUAUCCAAAUGCCUUUAUUUUAAGAGUACUGCUGUAUUUUGGACGGCAACAACAAAUGUUUUUCUGUGUUUAUGUUGUACAGUGUUUGUUUGUGAGACAGAUUAGGAUUAUGAUGAUGAUGAUGUCUGUAAUGUUGAUGAUAUUUUAUGCCUUAAAAAAUGACCAUGUUCUCCCAGAAGUGUUAGCAGUGAUGCUGGAGUUUUUUUUGCUUUGUUUGGGUUCAGGUACAAUUUACAGAUCUGAAUCAUUGUUAUUUGGACACUUUAUUAUUAUGAUGGUGUUGUUGUGCUAGCUAGAUUGUAGAACGAACAUACUGCCAUGUAAAGUUUUUUUGCAUGCAUAGCUUUGGUGUCAAGUCACUGUAAUAAACACACACACACACACACACACACACACACACACACACACACACACACUUAACUAUUUUAGGAUUGUAGCUUUUUUCUGUGACUUUGGAACAUUGGUUUUAUUUGAAGUUGUUUGAGGUGAUUUGUAAUUAAAAAAAUUGGUUUUAAUCACUGAA